AUCUCUGAGGGUAAAAAUAACCACAGUGAGUGAGAUGGAUGAGCCCCAGCAUAUGAGAUCAUAUAAGAAUCAAGAGGAGAGCCAGAGCUUGCCUCUCGGACAGACAGCCUUCCUUCACACAUCUGUGCUGGUACAGUAUAUCAGAGUAAAAAUGUCAGACAACGAAGAAGUGGAGUACGAGGAGCAGGAGGAGGCUCAUGAGGAGGAAGCGGGAGAACAGGAAGAGACCGCUCAGGAACAUGAUGGUGAAGAAGAUACCGAAGAUGGAGGAGAGGCGAAACCCAAAUUUCUAAAACCAUUUAUGUUGCCGAACCUGGUGCCCCCAAAGAUUCCAGAUGGAGAAAGAGUUGAUUUUGAUGUGAGUAAAAUUACCAUACAAAGACCCACAGCACCAUUUAACUAUUUUGGUUAUGAUGGGUCAAGACUGGCAUUUGUCUUUAACCGUAAGAAGGAGGAGGAGGAGGAACUCAUCAGUCUUAAAGACAGGAUUGAGAAACGGCGCUCUGAGCGAGCAGAGCAGCAGAGGAUCCGCAGCGAACGCGAGAGGGAACGACAGAGGCGUUUGGAGGAGGAAAGAGCUCGCAAGGAGGAAGAGGAAGCCAAAAAGAGAGCGGAGGACGAUGCCAAGAAGAAGAAGACGCUCACCAGUCUGCACUUCGGUGGUUACAUGCAGAAGAUAGAGAGACGGAGUGGAAAGAAACAGACUGAGAGAGAGAAGAAGAAGAAGAUUCUUAGUGAUCGCCGUAAACCUUUGGACAUCGACAAUGCCAGCGACUCUGCUCUCAGGGAUAAAGCAAAGGAACUGUGGAGCUGGAUGCGUCAACUGGAAGCAGAGAAGUUUGAGUUACAGUACCAGUUUACCAAACAGAAAUAUGAGAUCAAUGUCCUGAGGAACAGAGUCAGUGACCACCAGAAAACGUCAAAGAGAACCAAGAGGGGCCUCAGGAAGUGAAUGCUGUGUGGAAAGGCAAACUCGACUCCUCACAAACCCACAGAGAUCACGAAGAGAAAGCCCAGGAGAGCUGUGUAUACUAAUUUACAGAUUAUGUUGCUUUUAUUUAGUCACUGAAUAAACACUGUAGAUUUUGACUGAACAACUGAACAAAAAUAAUAAAAAUGAGAAAAUGAAGUGGCAAAAA